GCUUCCCAGCCAGGACUACUUUGGCCAGGACCCCCUGCUCUGGGUCUGGGCGCCCUGUGUCCUCCAGAGCCAGGAGCCCUUCGACUUAGAGGUUGUGCGGUCGGUGACUGCUCUCCAUACGUGAGGACAUCCUAUCCAGAGUCUGGACACCCACCUCGUCUAGGGCUUCUUUUCCAGGACCACCUUCCCAGGGUCGUCUGGGCAGCCUCCCUCCAGGGCAGAGCCGAGACUCCCCAGGCUGAGACCCCCCUCCUUAUGUCGGCACACUCCCCCGCCAGGGCUGGGAGACUUCAUUUAGAGGUUAUCUGGUAGGGAUACCCCUCUCAGUGCACGGGGACCGCCUAUCCAGGGUCUGGAGAACCCUUGGGUGGGGUCGCCAGACCCCAGAAGCCCCAUUUUAGCCCUAGUCCCUAAUCCCCAAAGAAGGUCCUACCAGCGUUCUCCCCCCUCCACCUUAUCCAGAACUGUUUGUAGCUAUGGGGUCAUCCCUGGGGAGAGGUUUCUGGUGGUGUUACAGGGAGCAUGUAGGAAUACCCCUCUGUUGUUGCUGUUCGGUGCCUUCCAGUAGGUUUGACUCCCAGCGACCCUAUGUACAACAGAAGGAAACACUGCCUGACUCUGUGCCAUCUUCGCAGUCGCUUUUAUGCUUGAGCCCAUUGUUGCAGCCACUGUGUCAAUCCAUCUCGUUGAGGGUCUUCCUCUUUUUCGAUGGCCCUCACUUUACCAAGCAUGAUGUCCUUCUCCAGGGACUGAUCCCUCCUGAUAAAAUGUCCAAAGUAUGGGAGACAGAGUCUCGCCAUGCUUACUUCUAAGGAGCAUUCUGGUUGUACUUCUUCCAAGACAGAUAUUUGCCCUCUUUUGGCAGUCCAUGGCAGAUUCAAUGCUCUUCUAGGGGAAGAAGCUUGGGGUGAGAACCAUCCGUCUGGGAGUUAUGCCCAGCAUGGCAGGGUCUUAGGCCUCUUAGGCCUGUCGGUAUCUGCCUUCUGAACCUCAAUCUUUCAUCUCCAACCCCAGGCCACACAGCUCAUCAGGAGUGGCUCAGGGACUGCAGCUCAUGCUGUGUGGCUGCCAGGGAGACCUCGGCCUCUCUGAGUCGCUCUAGCCUAAGCUAGACCUGCCUAUGUUCAUCCGCAAAAUGGGUGGGGCGGCUGGGGGGGGGGCGUGCUCCGACCCCUCGAAGUUCCCUUUUUCCAGCACUUUUCCCAAAACCGUGAAACCUUGUCCCAACAGCCCCAGGCAGGGGACUCUUCCCUAACCAGCUGUGGAAACCGAGGCGCGGGCAGCCGGGGUGGGGCAGGAAGGGACAGCAGAGGCACUUCCCUUCUGGGGAGGCUCAAGGGAAACAUUGGGGCCACGGUGGCCCUACGGCCCCCCUGGUCCCAGACAAGCGCAGGCGACUUCCUUAAAACGCUGGAGGGCCGAGCCCGUGGAGCUAUUGUGUGACCCCGGGGAGGUCUUGCCCCUUUCUGGGGCCCUCUAUGAAACGGAUAGAGGGAGGCCCGCCUCAGUCCGAGCCUCCUGGCUCCCCACCUCCGUCUCCCCAGGGGUAGCAAAUAAACUCGGCCCUGCCUCCUUCUGUGCUUCCGGCUUCCUGUUCUGGGAGAAGGUCCCAGUGCCUUCUCCUCCUGGCAGCCCCCCAGUCUGAACCCUGCGCCUCCCCGAACACCGCCAGACCCCAAUCCUCCCUUCGGUCCUGCCCUGAUGCCCCUCACCCCGGGCUGUGCGUGACCAUGUUCAGCUGUGCUCCACCUCCACGGUAGCGUCGAGGCCUUGAGAUUGUGGUGUGGCCUGAGCCAAGCGCAGCCCGGAUGGCCAGGGUAGGAGUGAGUUUGAGUAGCAGUGCAUCCGCCGCCACCAGGGGGCGCCGACGCCCUGCAAACGGCGCGGAGGCAACCCCAGGCUGCUUGAAAACUCCCCACCCGACUCUCCCUUGGGGAAACUGAGUCCAGAGAGGAGGGGCACCGCUCGUAGGUCGCACAGCAGGCCUGUAGCGUCCCUUGGUCCUGGCUCUGAGAAGGGGAGGGAGGGAAGGCUGGAUGUGUCUGGAGCGGCGUGCGGGGUUGGCCUAGGGGAUGAGUGAGUUUGCCAAGGGCUGAAAGCCCGGAACUGCAUGUCGGGAAGUAGGAACAGGGUGGGCAAAGGCGCCCGGCGAGGCGUAGCAGCGUGUUGGGGACAGGUUGAUGACCGUGGCAUCAUGGCUUUGGGGUCACGAAUGAUUUUCUCCCAGUUCUGCAGAUGUGGAAACUGAGGUCCCAAGGAUUGUCACUUGCCGGGGUCACCCAGCUGAGCAGGGGUUCGAAUCCUAGGUGAGAGUAGGGUGGCCAAGAGGCGCCCCGUGGAGAGCGAGACCCCACCCAUUUUCUCCUCCCACCCUCACUUGUCAGAGGUGGAAACUGAGGCUCGGCGCGGCCCAGACUCUCGGGCCCGGGAGUGGGGGCCAGGCCCCGCCCAGCACGGGCUGAAAGUGCACGUGGCGGCGGUUUGACGAUUAAGCCCGAGGGGCAAGGUGCUCGCUCAUCUGGACGACCUCAGGCCUGGGCCUCGCCUGGAGGUCUGAGUUUCCUAGCUUGACCGCUGGGGUCCCCGAGAGCCUGGCUUCGGCCGCUCCACGCCUCGGUUUCCCCCUGGUCGGCCGGGGAGAGGGCGUGGCCCUGGGCGGGGGCGUGGCCCUAGGCGGGGGCGUGGCCCUGGGCGGGCACUGGAGCCGGCUGUUGUUUGUUAUUUUCCUCCACGCCUGGUCCGAGCCACGCCGCUUGCCGCGCCUCCAGGGGGCGGGGACUGCUUCUCGCCCCGCCCCCGCCCUCGCCCUAUAAAAGCGUAGCGAGAGUGCGGCGCGGGCAGUCGCUCGCCGGCUUCGUCAGGACGCCUUCGCGCGCCGGGCGGACUCGCGACCCUAAAGCUGUAGCGUCCGUAAUUUGCGUCGUCGUCGCCGCCGCUGCAGCGCCGUGGGUUCGAAGCCUGCGUCCGCGCAUCGCGGGUUCGCGUCCCGGGCGCGAUGUUGUUCGACAAGGUGAAGGCGUUUGUGGUGCAGCUGGACGGGGCGAGCGCCGGCGCAGAGCCGGUGUUCAGCGGCGGCCAGGUCAUGGCAGGCCGGGUGCUGCUGGAGCUGGCGAGCGCGGCGCGCGUGGGCGCCCUGAGGUUGCGCGCGCGGGGCCGUGCUCAGGUCCACUGGACCGAGUCGCGCAGCGCGGGUUCGAGCACCGCGUACACGCAGAGCUACAGCGAGAGCGUGGAGGUGGUGAGCCACCGCGCCACGCUCCUCGCGCCAGACACUGGAGAGACGACGACUCUGCCUCCAGGGCGCCAUGAGUUCCCGUUCAGCUUCCAGCUGCCCCCGCCCUCUCCAUUCUGCUCCCAGGACCCUAGUGACGUCCUUCGAGGGCAGGCACGGCAGCGUCCGCUACAGCAUCAAAGCCACCUUACACCGGCCCUGGGCCCCCGCGCGGCGGGCAAGGAAGGUGUUCACUGUCAUCGAGCCUGUGGAUAUCAACACUCCCGCCUUGCUGGCGAGGUGAUCCCUGUCUUUGCUGAGAUUGACAACGGCACCACACGCCCCGUGCUGCCACGGGCAGCCGUCGUCCAGACACAGACCUUCAUGGCGCGAGGAGCCCGCAAGCAGAAGCGGGCCGUGGUGGCCAGCCUGGUGGGGGAGCCUGUGGGCCCCAGGCGGCGAACGCUGUGGCAGGGCCGGGCAUUGCGGAUCCCGCCUGUGGGCCCUUCCAUCCUGCACUGCCGCGUGUUACAUGUUGACUAUGCCCUCAAGGUCUGCGUGGACAUCCCAGGUACAUCCAAGCUGCUCCUGGAGCUCCCGCUGGUCAUUGGCACCGUGCCCUUGCACCCUUUCGGCAGCCGCUCGUCCAGUGUGAGCAGCCGUGCCAGCUUCCUGUUGGACUGGGGGCUAGGCACCCUGCCGGAGCGGCCUGAGGCUCCUCCUGAGUACUCAGAGGUGGUGGCAGAUGAGGAGGUGGUUACUGCAGAGCAGAACCUCUUCCCGCUACUGCCAGAACUUGACCUAGGCCUCGAAGGCCCCUUCUUCGCCUACAUCCAGGAGUUCCGCUACUGCCCACCGCCCCUGUACUCUGAGGAGGACCCUCACCCACCCACGGAGGCCAUCAUACCCCGUUGUAUGACCUGCUGAGCUGCAAGUGGACACCUUGAGAGAUGAAGCUGCAUACUGUUCCCGGCCACUGCAGACAUGGGGAGCGGCUGGAGCAAGGAUGAGCCAACCUGACUGCUUUGAAGUUGGGGAAAUGGAGUCUCAGAUUGGCCACAGUCUGUUCUGAAAUCACGCAGAGCUGGGCUGAAAUCUAACAUAUGUGGACUGGCUGUCCUCGUGAGGCAUCUAAAUGCCAAGUGCAGGAUCCGAAUGAUGGUUUAAUAUGUCUAUGCCUAGUCUGUGGUCAGUGCUGGGGAUCCUAUGAAGCCUCUAGUCUGAGGGUUUCCUGAGGGUGGACCCAGGAAUCAGACACAGAUACUUCCAGUCUUAUGGGACCAGAAGGACCCCAGGGCUGGGGAAGUCCAGAGGGAGAACAGGGAAGGCUUCCUGGAAGAAAGGGUGUUUUAGCUGAAGCUUUGGUGUAUGAAUAGGAGCUCAACAGGCAGGCAAGUGAAAGGGAGAGGUCAGAGAAAGUCAGAGCUGAGCGAAGUUUAGAGCCCAGCCCCUUCAUUUUAGGGGAGAGAACUGGGGACUCAGAGGCAAGUGCCUCAGUCGAGGCCACUCAGUGAGGUCCAGUGGGAGAGAAGGCCCAGGAGUGAGGUGUUCAGGGGAGCAGGUUGUUGGGGCGAUGUGGGGACUGUGAGUGACAGGGCUAGUGGCUUUAGGUUUUGAAGGCCAAAAUUUCCCGUUCUGGGCUGCAACUACCCAGGAGUUCCUCCAGGUACGAGGGCCACCUAAGCAGGAAACAAAGACUCAGGGGGGACAGACAAGACUGAUGACAUAACUUGCAAAAUGAAACUGCAGGGAUCCCCUGCUCAAAGAGUCUGAAGAAUUUCAAGAAGGGGACUACAGAGCAUUAACUCUGGUGCAGGGCCCCAUGGGAGUGCUCAGGCCAUACACCCUGGGGACGGAGGCCAGCCGGAGGACCCUUUUGUCCUGAUAGCACAAAGCAUGAAGGGGCAGCUGGAUCAAGGCCCCAACUGCAGAGUCCCAGUCCUGGUUGGGGCAGGGCCUUUGCCUAGGGCUCAGCAUUUUUCAUAAACCUUUUAAAACUGUAUUCUUUUGUACAUUUUUUUUUUUUUUUAAAUAAAAGUGUGGAGAAGGAGCUAGAUGGGACCUGUUGGUUUAUUUUCCCUAAAACUUCCAAGGGAGCUGGUCUGGCCUUGACUGUCAGUACAGUCCCACCUGGGCUAUUAGCUCAAGGACUGAAUUCUAGGCUAAGGAGUAUUGAGGCGCCUGUUGUUCAGUAGGGGAAGCUGAGGCUCAGAGCUGGGCGGUCACUGGUUCAGGGCGAACAGGGAGACUAAGCUGGGUGUAAAAAUGGCAUGGCAAGGGUGUUGUCUGACUUUCUCUAACUUUACAAAGGGGAAGGAGAAUCAAGCCCAAGGCUGAUUCCUGUGAGGCAGAGGUCAGACAUGCCUCCUCUCUCCGCCAUCUUUACCAAUUUUGAUACUAGCUUGUCCCUCCCACGGCACUCUACUCCUCUGCUGGGUUCGAUAAUUCCUGGCAAUGGUUACACAGAACUCAGAGACCAUCCUCACAGUUAAAAGGUUUACUAGAGAAGUAACAGGUUGAAGAAUGCUAAUGAUACAGUUCUUUGAUCAGGCCAGCCUCUUCUCAGCUGUUCCCUGGCCCUCAGUCCCUCAGCCUGACUUCUACCCUACUCGGCAAGUGCAGGAAAGCUCUUUUAGCUCUGCUGCUAAGUGUGCAGAGGCACCUCGUUCCUCCACAAGGCCACGGCCCAGAGGCUACAGUUCUAGCUCCAUGGAUUGCCAAACCUACCUUCACCAAGUACCUGCAAGGCACCCUACUCCACCAGCAAGCCUCCUGCCUGAAGGCUCUCAGCUUUCUCGCUCUGUGGGCCAGGAAACCCACCAUGCAGUCUCAUGCCAGUCUCCUGCCAUGUCCUGGUCCUGCUCCCACCAUUUCCGUGGCUGCUGCUGCUUGCCAUUUCUGGUGUUACAGCUCUCCCUCUCUUCCUGGUUCUGCUGCCUCUGCCGCCUCUCUCGUGUUACAACUCCUCUCUCUCUAUCUCUGUGUCUCCCUGUAAGCCUAGCGGGAUGGCAAAACUGACCAAUCCCCUUUUUAGGGUUCCAUGCACCUUAUUUACAUUAUUAGCAAGUUAUCUAAUCCCCUUGGUGGGCCACACGCACCUUAUUUGCAUAGUACCACCCAGUCAUUUGGUGGGAGUUAUAAAGACUGUGGCUAGAAGGGCCAUAUAAAGUAAUUCAUUGCACUGUAGGCUAUCCCCUGGCUCUUCUAGCCAUUGGCCCACUCAUACUUGGAGGAUUAACCUCCCCACCAUUAUUUUACCAGUCCAAAACAAUUGGUUUUAGCAAUUAGUUACCAGUAGUUAAUAAUUGGAAACCCUGGUGGUGUAGUGGUUAAGUGCUACCGCUGCUAACCAAGAGGUUGGCAGUUCAAAUCCACCAGGUGCUCCUUGGAAACUAUGGGGCAGUUCUACUCUGUCCUACAGGGUCGCUGUGAGUUGGAAUCGACUUGACGGCAACAGGUUUGGUUUUUUUUUCAGGUAGUUAACAAUUAGUCCUUCAGUAGGGCAAAGAGUCCUCAGGGUGAGUUAACUCGGGUACCAGCCGUUCAGGUCUGCUCCAGGCAUCCAUCUGAUCUGGCCGCGUUCUCCAAAAGUUCAUUUUCUCUUCACCCUCUCUGGUGUCUGGUAAAAUUUAACUGAGAAGAUUAUUUCCUUGCUCUGAGCCUCACGAGGUAUCAGCAUAGCAAAACCUUUAAGGGACUUCAGGUUCGGCCACAGUCCUCCAGUCCAGCAUUGCCUCCCCCUUAGCUUCUUUAUUACAGUUUUUACAAUCACAAUUAACCCUGUUAACAGUCAAUACUCACAACUGAAUUAUAUAAUGCUAUCAGCCUCUUCCCCCCCCUUCUCUUCCCCAGACCCAUCAGGAAAAAAGGACUCUAUUCAGCAAAGACCCUCCCUUGUCCCCCUCAUUGAGUAUGAACACAUCCAUGAAAGUACAUAAACCAGUCACUUCAUGUCUUUAUCUCCCCCCAGUUUAGAGAGUCAAUGUUCACAUCGCCCAACCCUAUCAAACCUGUACUCUGAGGAGGCGAGCAUGUUCCUUCAGCUCAUGAAUCUUCUGUUCCAGUUGGAGCUUUGAGUAUCUGCAUGCAUAAGCAAAGUCUAGUCCAGAGCAAGCCAUCAAAUUGUAGCAAUCUAUACCAGCUCACGGUGUCAAAUGUCUUUCUCUUCAUUGGGUCAGGUUCUGGUCAGUUCAUCCCUAGCCCAUGUGGGCUAGGCCAGUGGGAACCAUCUAUGGGCUCGGGAGUCCACCCAACUCCCUGAACUUGAGACCAGUCAGUCCCUACUCUCUCUGAUCCCUACCCUCCAUGGACUAGGUCAACAGGUCCCAAUGGAACAUGUUCAAACUCAGCCCAUCUCGUCAUUGCUGCACUUCCCUCACUUCCACUCAUUGAGUGGUUCCAGGUGGCCACCCAGGUGAGCAUAACAGGCUGUCUACUUGCUGGCUGUCUUUAUCUACCAGUUCUGGAAGGGGAUUCUUCUGAUGGCCACUGACUUCCUGCCUUGAUGCAUCCAACAGCAGCAAACCCGCUUGUUUGAAACUCAAAAGGCAAAAGAGUAAUUUUUUUUUUUCUUCUGUAGGUUCUUUCUUCAAAUGAAAACCUCCUGCUCUCUCAGCAGUUCUGGGUGGGUCUGCAUGUCUUUUCAAAUGCACAUUUCCUGACUCUGGAGAGUUAAGGUGGGGCUCAGGAAUAUGCAGGGCUACCUCAUUUGCUGAUGUGGUGCUAGGCAGAAUGAGAAGAAACAGCUGCAAAUUAAAAUUAACAUAAUUUAAUAAAAAUUAAUAACCUGAACAUGGAAUUAGGAAGUAUGAAUCAAAGAAAAUUGAAAAUCAUCAAAAAUGAAAUGGAACGCAUAAACGUCAAUAUCCUAGGCAUGAGUGAACUGAAAUGGACUGGUAUUGACCAUUUUUGAAUCAGACAAUCAUAUGGUCUACUAUGCCAGAAAUGACAAAUUGAAGAGGAACGGCCUCAAAUUCAUCAUCGAAAAGAACAUUUCAAGAUCUAUCCUGAAGUACAACGCUGUCAGUGAUAGGCUAAUAUCCACACGCCUACAAGGACAACCAGUUUAUACAAGAAUUAUUCAAAUUUACACACCAACCACUAAGGUCAAAGAUGAAGAAAUUGAAGAUUUUUACCAAUUUCUGCAGUCUGAAGCUGAUCAAACAUGCAAUCAGGAUGCAUUGACAAUUACUGAUGAUUGGAAUUCGGAAGUUGGAAACAAACAAGGAUCAGUAGUUGGAAAGUGUGGCCUUGGUGAUAGAAACGACACUAGAGAUCGAAUGAUACAAUUUUGCACAACCAACGACUUCUUCAUUGCAAAUACCUUUCUUCACCAACAGAAAUGAUGACUGUACACAUGGACCUUAUCAGAUGGAAUACACAGGAAUCAAAUCUACUACAUCUGUGGAAAGAGACAAUAGAAAAGCUCAAUAUCAUCAGUCAGAACAAGGCCGGGGGCUGACUGCAGAGCAGACCAAUUGCGCAUACACAAGUUCAAGCUGAAGCUGAAGAAAAUUAAAACAAAUCUGCAAGGGCCAAAAUACAACCUUGAGUGUAUGUCACCUGAAUUUAGAGACCAUCUCAAGAAUAGUUUUGAUGCAUUCAACGCUAAUGACCAAAGACCAGACGAGUUGUGGAAUGACAUCAAGGACAUCAUCCAUGAAGAAAGCAAGAAGUCAUUAAAAAGACAGGAAAAAAAGAAAAGACAAAAAAUGAAUGUUAGAAGAGACUCUGAAACUUACUCUUGAACAUAGAGUAGCUAAAGUGAAAGGAAGAAAUAAUGAAGUAAAAGAGCUGAACAGAAGAGUUCAAAGGGUGACUCCAGAAGACAAAGUAAAGUGUUAUAAUGAAAUGUACAAAAGUCCUGGAGUUAGAAAAUCAAAAGGGAAGAACAAGUUUGGCAUUUCUCAAGCUGAAAGAACUGAAGAAAAAAAAUCAAGCCUUGAGUUGCAAUAUUGAAGGAUUCUAUGGACAAAAUAUUGAACGAUGCAGGAAGCAUCAAAAGAAGAUGGAAGGAAUACUCAGAGUCACUGUACCAAAAUGAAUUGGUCGACAUCCAACCAUUAAAGAAGGUAGCAUAUGAUCAAGAACCAAUGGUACUGAAGGAAGAAAUCCAAGUUGCACUGAAGACACUGGUGAAAAACAAGGAACCAGGACUUGACGGAAUACUCAACAAACAGAUGGAGCCCUGGAAGUGCUCACUCGUCUAUACCAAGAAAUUUGGAAGACAACUAACUGGCCAACUUACGCCUAUACCAAAGAAAGGUGAUCCAACAGAAUGUGGAAAUUAUUGAAUGAUAUCAUUAAUAUCACACACAGGUAAAAUUUUGCUGAAGAUCAUUCAAAAGCAGUUGCAGCAGUACAUUGGCAGAGAAGUGCCAGAAGUUUGAGCCAGAUUCAGAGGAGGACGUGAAACAAGGAACAUCAUUGCUGAUGUCAAAAGGAUCCUGGCUGAAAGCAGAGAAUACCAGAAAGAUGUUUACCUGUGUUUUAUUGACUAUGCAAAGGCAUUUGACUGAGUAGAUCAUAACAAAUUAUGGAUAACAUUGUGAAGAAUGGGAAUUCCAGAACACUUAAAUUGUGCUCAUGGGGAAACUGUACAUGGACCAAGAAGCAGUCAUUCAAAGAGAACAAGGGGAUACUGAGUGGUUUAAGGUCAGGAAAAGUGUCAGGGUUGUAUCCUUUCACCAUAAUUAUUCAAUCUGUAUGCUGAGCCAAUCUGUGAAACUGGAUGUCUUGUUAUCUAGUGCUGCCAAAACAGAAAUACCAUAAGUGGAUGGCUUCAACCGACAAAAGUAUAUUCUCUCACAGUCUAGUAGGCUACAAGUCUAAAUUCGGGGCAUCAGCUCCAGGGGAAGGCUUUCUCUCUCUGUAGGCUCUGGAGGAAGGUCUUUGUCAUCAAUCUUCCCCUGGACUAGGAGCUUCUCAGCCCAGGGACCCCAGGUCCAAAAGAGCCACUAUUCUCUUGGCUCUUGCUUCUUGGUGGUAUGAGGUCCCUAUGUCUCUCUGCUAACUUCUCUCUUUGAUAUCUCAAAAUAGAUUGACUCAAGACACAACCCAAUCAUGUAGAUUGAGUCCUGCCUCAUUAACAUAACUGCUGCUAAUCCCUUUUCCUCAACAUCAUAGAAAUAGCAUUUAUAAAACAUAGGAAAAUCGUAUCUGAUGACAAAAUGGUGGACAAUCACACAAUACUAGGAAUCAUGACCUAGCCAAGUUAAUGUAUUUUGGGGGGGACACAAUUCAGUCCAUGACACUGGACUCUAUCAGGAUUGGAGGAAGACUCAUUAACAACUUUUGUUAUGCAGAUGACACAACUUUGCUUGCUGAAAGUGAAGAGGACUUGAAGCACUUACUGAUGAAGAUCAAAGACUACAGCCUCCAGUAUGGGUUACACCUCAACAUAAGGAAAACAAAAAGCUUCUCAACUGGGCCAAUAAGCAACAUCAUGUACUUGCGUCCACAAUCAAAGCCCAUGGAAGCAGCAGUCAAGAAAUCAAACGAUGCAUUGCAUUGGGCAAAUCUGCUGUAAAUGACCUCUUCAAAGUGUUAAAAAGCAAAGAUGUCAUUCUAUGGACUAAGGUGCACCUGACCCAAGCCAUGGUGUUUUCAAUCGUCUCAUAUCCAUGAGAAAGCUGGACAAUGAAUAAGGAAGACCGAAGAAGAAUUGAUG